GACUUUUGAAUUUGUUCACAGACGGGUGCAAGUGGGUGUACAUGGCAUUUCGAGGGACGAGUCUGGCACAGGAUGCGCGGUUUGGGGACGUGAACAAGGCGCUGAUGGAGGAGGUGGCCUUUGCUGAGGCGUUGAAGAAGCCGGUGGACAUGACCAAGGUCAGCUUGGCUACCCUCCGGCCUUGGCUGAAGGAAAAGUUGACGGCCAUUCUGGGUGUUCAUGAUGACAUUCUGGAGGGAAUGGUGUUCAACAUGCUCAAGGCCGAGGGCAAGAACAAGAAGCUUGAUGGUCGCAAGCUACAGAUCGAUCUCACUCCGUUUCUGGGUUCUGCUACGCCGCCGUUUGUGGAGGAGCUCCAUGCGCUGAUGGCCUCGUCUGCUGAGCACCCGCUGGGCAUUCCCAAGCAGUUUAUCGCACGAAUUGAGAAGAAGAUGGAAAACGUGGCUCGUGAGGAGGCCCGUGUCCGGGAGGGUAUCGAGGCUGCGCGGCAGCGCGGGCUGGCGGCCGCUGCAAGCCGCCCACCUGCGGCUGCGUCUGGAGCGGCACCGCCUGCACGCGGCGGCUCCGACCGUGGGUAUGAUCAGCAAUCCCGUGAUCGUGGACGCGGCGACCGCGGGUACAAUCGCGGGUACGGUCGCGGGUACGAUCGCGGGUACGAUCGCGGGCACGGCGACCGAGGCUACGACCGCGGGUACCGCGACCGAGGGUAUGACCGUGGGUAUCGCGACCGAGGCUACGACCGCGGUGACAGGGGGUACGACCGAGACCGGGCGGGCGGAAGGGGCGAUCGUUAUGGUGACUGGCACCGCGAUCGCGAUUACGAUCGGGGUGGCGACCGCGGUGGCGACCGCCACAGCGGCGACAGACGGCCACGAUUGCGGUCGCGAUCGCGUAGCCGUGAGCGCCGGGGCUCCGGCAGCGGGUCUGGUAGUGGCGACGUCGGCGGGCGGCGGCGGCGGCGGCGGAAGCACCGGCGGCGGCGGCGGCGUCGCGAGCAGGGCGAGUCGGACGACGAUGGGAGUGCAAGCGGGCGGCGCGGUGGUGGGGAGGACAAUGCCGCGGUAGAGGAUGGAGCAAGUGGGCCAGCUGCCCCACAGCCACCGGCACCUGCAGCCGAGUGAGAGCUGGAGAACAAAGCAGUUUAGCAGGGGCUCGACAUCAUGCCAUCUCAGAGUAGCCAUCACCGGAGACCUUACUCCGGAUGGUGUGGUAGGUGAACUUGCAGCCGUCGGCGAUUA